CGACAUUUGAAUCCCAUCCUGUUCCUUUGUUCGUCGCUUCGGACCAGUCACCUUCUGCAUCUCCGCGAAAAGAUAGCAGGAAAUGAAGAGCCCACGACUUGACGAUUAUGAAGUCGUCGGGCAAUGCCUGCAAACCUACUGUGCAGUGUUCAUAUAGCUUCCGAACAUCCGAUGAGUUGUUCGAGGCACCUGCGUCGGAUAGGAGUCUGGAAUCAGUUGCUUCGAUCUCUUCUUUUGCCUUCGACAGGCUCGAUAUCCGAGAUAGGAUCCGCUCCCGCCCCUUGAUCUGCCUCGAAAGAAAGAACCAUGGUUGAACGAGUUUAGAAUCAGGCUGCAUGCAGAUGGACGAGAGAGGCGAGAUGGGGGAAAUACGCACGAAUCGAGCCCGAACAUCGCAUCCAGCUCCGACUGCAUCCUCGUCACUGGUGCUCUGCGCCGGAAAAACCGAUUUAUCUGUCUGUUCUGCGGGGUCCCCAAUGACUAGAUCUCUUCUUCUCAAUUUGGCCUCGAUUCCCACCACUGUUCAGCGCUUAUCCUGAAUCUG